UUUUGUUUUGAAAGGCGUGUGUGAACGCGGAAGUGUGCAGCAGUGGCAGAGGCAGCAUGGCGUACUCGGCGAAAAUAGGACCGUCUAUUUUGAGCAGCGAUCUGUCGCAGCUCGGGAGGGAAUGUGAGCGAAUGAUGGAGUGCGGUGCUGAUUAUUUGCACCUUGACGUUAUGGAUGGGCAUUUUGUUCCGAACAUCACAUUUGGGCAUCCUAUGGUGGAAUGUUUACGACACAGUAUCGGACCUGAUCCAUUUUUUGACAUGCAUAUGAUGGUAUCCAGGCCUGAGCAAUGGGUGAAGCCCAUGGCAGCAGCAGGAGCCAGUCAGUACACUUUCCAUCUAGAAGCCACGACCAACCCUGGCAACCUCAUCAAGGAAAUCAGGGAGAGCGGCAUGAAGGUUGGUCUUGCCAUUAAACCUGGAACAACUGUUGAGGGAUUGGCACCAUGGGCUGGACAGAUUGAUAUGGCUCUUGUCAUGACUGUAGAGCCUGGCUUUGGUGGUCAGAAGUUUAUGGAAGAUAUGAUGCCAAAGGUGAGCUGGCUCAGGAGUCAGUUCCCUUCUCUGGACAUUGAAGUGGAUGGAGGAGUCGGUCCAGACAGCAUCCACAGAUGUGCCGAGGCUGGAGCCAACAUGAUCGUAUCGGGCAGUGCUGUGGUGAGCAGUGAUGACCCUCGUUCUGUAAUCGCCCUCCUCAAAAACGUUGUUAUUGAAGCGAUCCAGAAACGUUCUUUGGACCGCUGAGCAUUUUUGAGUUCUUACCUCAAGUCUGUUUUCGGCCACCACUGAAAGUCAGUUCUACAGAUUCUAAGAGUCUGUUCUAAUGUAUACAUUUGUUAUGGAAUGCUCAGUGGUGCUUAUGAACGGGCAUGACCCAUUGCUGGAUGCGCUGAAGGUGCGUUUGCACAUCUCCAGACCACAAGAACUGCCUUUGCCAAGACUCUUUUUGGAUUCAUCUGGAGUUUUCAAAUGCAUAUGGCCUUUUGAGAACUUCAAGCAGAUUCUAUCUACAUCUGACCAUUCCCCUCUUAAUUAACCUCAUUUGGUUUGAUUAAUCACAUUUAUUGUUUGUCAUAGUACCAGUUACAGUGACAACAAAUUGAGAAAGCUGCUGCUGAUAACCAAUUCCAACAUUUCAGUGUUAUCAGGUUUGUUGGUUAAAGAAUGACAUUGGAACUAAGCUGCAUAAGCUCUACAUACUGUACUUCUCAUUUGCUGCAGAUUAUGAUUUUUUUUUUCUCCAACAUUCCACCAGCCUGUGUUUCUAAAACACUGAAAUUAUAAAAGUAUAAAUGAAGAGACCUGUGGUAUUUGUCUGUUUUUUUUCCCUCUCUAAUGAAAUCCUACUGAGCGUAGCAUUAACACAACAAGAUGUUUCAGACGCUGAAGUCACCAAGUAAAUCUACAUCUGUUAACAGUUUAUCAUCUAAACAGAUACAAUGACACAUUUUAAAGUA